AUGGCAGAGCGAGCCGGCCGCUUCCUCCUCUACUGGAAGGCCUACUACCACAAUUUGAUCCGGAAGUUCCCUGAACAAACGAUCACGGCCACGAUGCUCAUCCCGCCCACCAUCGGCAUCCUUCUCUACAAGCUUGACUGGUAUUCGAAGCAAGGAGACAAGCCAUACUACAGGGGUUACUACGCGGUGUACCGGCCCGACGAUCCUCUCGUCAGCUACUGGAGAAAGCCCGAAGAAUAUCCGGCCCCGUAUCUCCUGCCCGAACUCAACUUACUCGAAUAUAUAGCAACAGGACGUCGAGGUUGUUCUGCUAUGGUCUGCGAUAAAUGCCAACCAAAACUGUCCAAGUUAAUCGGCGUCGACCCACUGCGAAAUAAGGCCCACAACAAACUCGGCGGCGUCAUAAAGACCAAGGCUACCGGCUUGAAGAACAAGGCGCUUGGAAGUGACAAAAAAGCCGGCAUGGUUGGCGUGAAGUGCCGAGUCUGCAAGCAGAAUGUUCACCAGGUUGGCUCCAACUUCUGCCAAACAUGCGCCUACCAGAAGGGAAUUUGCGCAAUGUGCGGCAAGAAGAUGUACGAGACGUCGAUGUUGAAGCAAAGCGUUGUU